GGCACUAUCCUUCCCUGCUCUAAUCCCUCAGUCCUGCCUCUGUGUGCUGAUGCUCUUUACAUUUACAGUGCACAAACUCCAGACUGCAUUUUAGGCAGAGAGUGAAUUUUAAAAUAGAUUUGCUGUGAAGUCGGGAGCUUCGGUUUGAGUCGUCCAGGUCAUCCAGGACUUCUGACGUUCUACAAACAACGGCACAGCAACUGAACGCAAACACCGAGACAGAAACACUUUACUUCACACAAAGGUUUCAUCCUACCAGAAGGAGCUUCACUGCAAACCAAAGUGACUGAAUGUGUGACGCUAGAUCCUUUAUUAGCUUAAUUAGAAACCAGUGAAAGGAGCACAGUAACUAAUGAGUCUGACAGCAGUGGUUUUUAGGCUAAUUAACUCAUCCUGCUAGACUAAAAGCUCAGACUGCACUUUUAUCUCACUUUGCUUUUCAACUUUAGCCCCCUAAGAAGCACCACUGAAGCCAAACUAAGCCUGUUACUCUUUAUAUUAUAUUAGCUGUUAGUACUAGUAAGCCAGAUGGCUGACCCCUACCAGAACAACAUAUACCACCAAGGAGGAGGCCACAGCUACAGGACGUACGGAGAAGGUGGUGGCCACGAUGGAUACGGAUACCAAGCAGACUACCCUCCUCAGGAAGAGGACGCAGCCAGCGACGUGACCGAAGGACACGAUGAAGAGGAUCAGAUGUACGAAGGAGAAUAUCAGGGGAUUCCUCACCCGGACGAGGUGAAGGCUGCGCAGAGAGCUGCACGGGCUAAAUCUGGAACCAGUGGCAGCGCAGCGUCAGAACUGGAGGAACUGUCUGAGCAGUAUGAGGACAUCAUGGAGGACUGUGGUCAUGGGAAGUUCCAGUGGACGCUCUUCAUCGUGCUCGGUCUCGCUCUGAUGGCCGACGGCGUCGAGUGUUUCGUGGUCGCCUUCGUUCUGCCGUCUGCAGAGAAGGAUCUGUGCCUGUCCAACGCUGAGAAAGGAAUGCUGGGUCUGGUGGUCUUCCUCAGCAUGAUGGUGGGGGCCUUCCUGUGGGGAGGUCUGGCGGACAAAGUGGGCCGUCGGCGCUGUCUGAUGGUGGCGUUGGCCAUAAACUGCGUGUUUGCCUUCCUGUCGUCGUUCGCUCAGGGCUACGGCUUCUUCCUGUUCUUCAGGCUGCUGUCUGGAAUCGGCAUCGGUGGCACGGUGCCGAUCGUGUACUCAUACUUCUCCGAGUUCCUUCAGAUGGACAAGCGAGGAGAACAUCUGUCCUGGUUGUGUAUGUUCUGGAUGAUUGGUGGCAUCUACGCUUCGUUUACCGCCUGGGGAAUCAUCCCUAGAUACGGUUGGGGCUUCAGUAUGGGAACAGAGUUCCAGUUCCACAGCUGGAGGGUUUUCGUCCUGGUCGCUGCUCUUCCUGCCAUCGCCUCUCUGGUCGGACUCACAUUCAUGCCUGAGAGUCCUCGCUUCCUGCUGGAGAACGCCAAACACGACGAGGCCUGGAUGAUCCUGAAGCAGGUCCACGACACCAACUGGAGGGCCAAAGGGCAGCCGGAGAAAGUCUUCACCGUGACUCACAUCAAAGCUCCGAAGACGGCGGAGGACGAGUUCAUCGAGAUUCAGAGCGCAACGGGAACGCCGGUCCAACGCUGGGCUGUUCGAUCACUGACGCUCUGUAAACUGGUGUUGAGGAACGUGGCGUCCCUCCUGUCGGCUGAGCUGAGGUUCGCUACUCUCUUCAUGGCCAUCAUCUGGUUCUGCAUGGCCUUCAGUUAUUAUGGUCUGUCUGUUUGGUUCCCCGACAUGAUCAAACACCUGCAGUACGAAGAGUACGAGUCCAAGGUGAAGGUGUUCCACGGAGAACGACUGGCGAACUUCCAUUUCAACUUCUCUUUGGAAAACCAGAUCCACAGAGAAGGAAAAUACAUCCGGGACACGUUCGUCAGUAUAGAGAUGAAGUCAGUGAAGUUUGAGGACUCUCUGUUUGAAGACUGUCACUUUAAGGACAUCAAGUCCACAGACACAGUGUUUGAGAACUGCACCAUCCGGUCCACCAUCUUCUACAACACAGACCUGUGGGAGGAGAAGUUCAUCGACUGUAGGAUGGAGAACGUCACCUUCGAGCACAACAAACACGGCUGCCACCUGGACACCAUGGAGGAGAACGACGUGCUCAUCUACCUGGUCAGUUUCCUGGGCAGCCUGGCGGUGCUGCCGGGAAACAUCAUCUCAGCGCUCUUCAUGGAGAAGAUCGGCAGGGUCAAGAUCAUAGGCGGCUCCAUGCUCAUCUCAGCCGGCUGCACCUUCUUCCUGUUCCUGAGCUUCAGCCAAUCAGCGAUCAUCACCCUGCAGUGUCUGUUCUGUGGCGUCAGCGUGGCGGCGUGGAACGGCAUCGAGGUGGUGACGGUGGAGCUUUACCCCGCUUCAAAGAGGGCGACGGCGUUCGGCGUGCUCAACGCUCUCUGUAAACUGGCCGCCGUCCUCGGCAGCUCCAUCUUCGCCAGCUUCGUGGGCGUCACCAAAGCCAUCCCCAUCCUGCUGUCCUUCGCCGCUCUGGUCUGCGGCGGCCUGGUGGCCCUCAAACUGCCCGACACACGACAGAAGAUCCUGCAGUGAGGCGGCAGCAGGGUGAGUUCUGGGGGGGAGGGAGGGUGAGGAAACAUGUCCGCUUCACGUUGGAAGCUGCUGAACCGACUCUGACUUCACUCCGAGGAGGAACCAGUCACCAGCUGUUACAUGUCCAACGCCGAGCUCCAGUCUUCAUUUUGUACGGGGAGGGGGGAGGACGUGGAGGGAGGGGGGUUGGUGUUUACUGCAGCCAUGAAUCCACCGACACACUGGACCUACUAACCGUUUAAAGAAGUGACUGAGCACUGCUGCUGCUUCAGAGGCUUCCGUCUCACAUCUAACUGCUCCCUGUAGUUCUGUGCAUGACGUGGGACGACGUCCGACACCGGCCAGAUGUUUCCCGUCACCCUGUAGACUUUCCAGCUGUUUCCGUAAAUAACCGCCCGCUCAAGUGUUCCAGUAACGAAAGGGGCUCCAUCGAGGUUUAAAUCCUCAGGAGUUCGCGGCAGUUUUACCUGAAAGCACGGUUACCGAGGCAUCGUUUGCGCCGUCGCACACAAACUGACUACACAUCUGGACAGCUGUGGAGUUUAUUGAAGCUCAAAUCCUGCAGGAGCUUUUAUUAGUCACAGUUUUAACCCUCUAACUGCAGUAGAAGAAGUACUUACAUGAGUAAAAACACCAAUAUCACAUAGUAGAAAUACUCUAUUAAAAGCUGUGCGUGAAAACUUUUACUUGAAAAGACUGAAGUAUUGACAUCAAAUUAAGGAAACUAAAGUAAAAGUAGUCAUUCUGCGUUAUAAUUAGUGAUGCUGUUUGUGUCUUAAAUGCUGCAGUAAAAACAAUUUUAAUUAUUACAGAAUAGUUCGUAAAUGUUCAAUAAAGUCCAGAAGUUUCAUCUGAAUCGAAUGAUAAGGCGUCACUACAGGACUUAAAAACAAGAAUACAUCAGAGUUUAUUACUUUAUUAUAUUCUUUAUUAUUUACCCAAACAUGCAGAGAAACUUUAGUUAUCAGGUCAAUGCAGUUGAGUAAAAAUGACAAAAUUUUUAAUUUUUUUUAAGUAGCUAAAAGUGGAAAUUCUCAAUUAAAAUACAAUUCUUGGUUUUGAUCACUCUCCCUUGAACUUUUUUCUCUUUAAUGAUGACAAUUUCUUCAUUAAUUCGUCAUUAAAUGUUGUUUAGUCUGUAGGAAAACUACAUGUUGGAGUGUAAAGUUAUAGUCUUUGACUUCAACUUACAGUAGGUAACUUUAACCAUCUGUGGAGGUCAACAAAACUCCACCAUGUUGGAUAGAUAUUAAAACACAACAGUAUUUAGUGCAAUAAUCAAUCAGUAUAUCUCCUAUAACUGAUCAAAAAGCAGCUGUUUCUGAUCUCCUGUCACGUGCACACGCUUGAGUGUCAUGUGCACGGGUUUUGAGAUGAAUAAAUACCACAAUCAGCCCUCUGGUUACCAUGGAAACUGUAGUGACUCCAGCCAGUUACAGAACUUAUAAAAAUUGUUAAACUACAGAAAUAAAUCAAAAUCUUCAAUUAAACAAUAAAAACAAAAGCAGCCAAACUAGCUAACCAGCUAACUGUAGUGGAUUUAUUGUGCUUCAGCUGUCUUUCAAUCACAUGUUCAGAUGUUUUUAAUUCCAGAUUUGUUAUUUAAGUUUAUUCCAGAUGUUUGUGCAGCUGUGAGACUUUGUGCGAUGGUUUAAACGCUCAGCUCUCCUGUUAAAUCUGCUCCGUUAAACACAAUCAACUGUUAGUCAACGAUGUACUUCUAAUUAUUGGGGAAAAAAAUUGAGGAAACUAGAUUUAAAGUCUAACUGAAAUUAGAAUUCUCUUUUCGUUAUAAUCAGACUGUAAAUACUGUGUGUAGUUUUUGGUUUUUAAAAGAUUUUCUGAACUUAUAAAUGUUAAUUUAUAAUAAUUUGUUCCUUUUUUAAAUGAGUGCUGACUGUGUGACAUUAGCAGGGCUGCGACUAACAAUUAUUGUCACAUUAAUUCAUUAUAAUUCUCACAAUUAUUUUAGUCUUUAAACUUAAAAAAACAAAAACAUUACAGCUACACGCGCCUUUAAAUGUCUUACUGUGCUCACAACUUAAAGGCAUUCAGCUUAAAAUAAAAAAAAUCUGGAAAACUGUCUAAAUAUAUGCUAAAAAUCUGAGAAAACACUGCUUUACUGUUUUUGCUCAUUGGUUGGUGGUUUAAAUCAGAUUUUAUUAUUUCUUCAGCGUUAUGUAAAUAUUUACAAAAACAUCUUUUAAAAACAGCGUUUUUCCUGAUAUAAAUAUUGAUAAAUGACAUUUUCAGGACAUCACUUUUUUACUUUUUAUUAAUGUUUAGUUGAAUAACUGUGAAAACAACUUAGAAAUAAUAUCUAGCUGCAGCUCUGCUCCUGUUCCACAUUAAUUAGUGAUUAACUUGGUUCUUAAGAGUAAAUUUUAACUUCAGUUGGACUUUAAUGAAGUCAUUUAAAAGGCAGCAGAUGUUUGGGUACUAACCUCGUUCACCUGAAGGCGAUUGUUGGCAUGUGAUCGUUUCCCCGUCAGACUAACAGAAGCUUCAGUGAAUACUUGAAGCAGCUACUCUAUGUGUGUGUUGAAGUGUGUCUCUUGUGCCGUUGUGUGUCCUGCAUGAGUUCUGUCGCCUCGUCCAUCAGUACAGAAAGACAACAUAUCUGUGUGGAAAUGUGUACUUUUACUUUCCUGUUGGUUUUACUGGCUGUGAUCAUGUCGUUGUUUCCUUUUAAUCAGCUUUAUUUCCUCUCUUAUUUUACCGCUCCUAUUUAUUCUGGGCCUAAUUAUAGCUUUAAAAUCUGUUUAAUUAUUGUAUGGAGCCCUCUAGAGGUCACACUGGGAAUUUUCUUGAUUUAUAUUUUGAUUUACUGCCAGUUUAGGGAACAUUAUUUGACAUUUUACAUAAUUCUGGUUAUAGGUUCAGACUGCUGCUGUGCUUCUAAGACAGACGUGUUUGUUUAUUUAGGAGUUCAGUCAUUUAGUAGCUUCAAUUAGAGCUGAAUGCUUUUGGAAAUUUUCAAAAGACCACAUUUUUUGGACUAAUUUCUGCUCAACCAUCUCUCAAUUCUAUUGUAUAAAAUAUGGAUAUUUAUAAAGACAUUUGUAAAAUGUUAGCUUGAUAUUUAAAAAAUUUCUAAAUCAUAACAAAAGAAGAAGAACAACAUACACAGGACACACUGUAGUGGCCACUAGCUGGUCACAUGACAGCUGCCUUAGCUUCAGUCCGGUAGAAACUUUGGACCAACAUGGCGGCUCGGUCGCAAACUUUCUCUUUUAUUCUGAAAACAGUUCAGCAAAAAGUAUUUCUGAAAGCAUUUGAGGCGAGAAAAAAGCUGCUGAACCUGUCCUCGUUUUAGUUCACCGACAACUAGUUUAAACAUUUAACAAAAGUUUUGUGAUGCGUUGGACCUCCGAAUUUGCAUAAAGUAGAAGUGAAGUCUACUUUAUGCAAAUGAGCUCCGCACCACAACGCAAGCAGCACGCAACAAGGUGCAUUUCACAUAGACAAUGAAUGGGAUGCGAGAAACUGACAAUCCUGUGGACGCCUUAGCUACAACAGUCCUGGUACCAGAAAAUGGUGUCGCCAUCCCAUAAUAGACCACUUUUCAAGACACUGAAAGUGCUUGAGUUUACAAAAAGUCUUAAAAUGUUGAAUAUAAUGGCUAUAAUUACACUUUAGUUUGCAGUAAUCUGUGAAUGUAGUAAACAUAAAUGAAACAUUUUUGUUGUUUAAGUUCACGUAUAUGUCUGUUCAUCCAUUCAGUCAACCAAAAUUUAUUUGAACUGAAAAACUUUGCUUAUUGCCUCAAACAUUUCUAUUUGGCAAAAAUGUAAUUAAGUUUAAUCACAGUUAAUUACAAAGCCUCUAAUUAAUUAGAUUUUUAAAUUAGAUUUUUUUAUUGCGUCCCACCACUAAUUUUAUCUUUAAUAGUCCAAAACAUAGUCCAAAAUUGCAAAAACACUUUCUGUAAGUGGGUCAACCAGCAAUUAAAAAAUAUACAUACAUCUCUGAAAGAACUGAUAUAUCAAGUUAAAACAUUUUAAAUAUCGAUACUUUAUGAUAACUAAAGUUUUGGGCAAAUCAGACACGGUCGAGCAGAACGAUGAUGAUUUGAGAUGAAAAACCCUCUAAAGCCUCGCUGUCAUCUGUGAAGAAACUAGUUUAAAAUGUGCAUCUAGCUGACUGACUGAGAGACACUAAAGCUGCUGCACUAAAUCCAACAUAAACAACCUCAUCUGUCAUGGAAACAACAGAUUCAAACAGUAACCAGUCUGACCAGUCUGACCAGUGAUCAAACAACCAGGAAGCAGCAGGAGAGUCACAGAUCAGCAAUAAAUGCUUCAUGUAAAGAGCCUCACAAGUUCUCCUGAAAGUGUUUCCCUAAACUGGCAGCAAACAAAAAUCCUAAAAUCAUCACUUUGAUGCAUGCAGCUCUCUGUAUUACAGCACCAUCUAGUGGAUUUAAUGUAAGAUCACAGCUUAUUUCUGGUAUUUAAAGCAGAAAUCCUGCACAGUGCAGUAACUAGAAGACAAAUGAUGCAGGUCUUAAUUACUGCAGUGGAUCUCAUAAUACAGUUAAUCUGCACUGUACAUGAAUCAAAUAUUAUUCUACAAUAGCGAUAAAAGCAAAUUAAAAGAACACUGACUUCAACGUCGACUAGAGAAACCAAAACAUCAUUUGUGUGGACAGUAUAGAUGUUAACGUCAGCAUUAAUGGUCGAGGAUGAAAUUGAUUUGCAUUUUUAAAAAAUUGGUUUAGAAUUUCGGUCUGCAUUUGGACAGAAACUUUACCAAACUCUGCCCAAACACCAAAAAAAGCUCCUAAAUCAAGUUGUUGUUGCUGAAUAAAGAGCUUUUAUUCAGCUCUGCUCUGACAAUCAGUUAAUUUGAGAAACACAUUUCAAACAAGAUGGUUGAAAUGAAAUCAGUAAAACAAUCAGGGACUAAUGAACAAGAGAAGUACAUUUAGCUUGAAUCGGUUCUUUCUGCCCCUGCUUUUCUUUUCUGUUCUCUGUGGCUCGGCAGUAAAACGGGAGUUACGACUGUACGGACGGUGGAUUAGUUCCGAUGUUUUUCUUGUACUGUUUGAUGCUGCAGCUGGUUGUGUAAAUGACUGCAUGUUUGUCUAAUGUUUUCUCUCUCUUGGCUCUGUGUUUCCAACAUAACGUGUAAAGUUUGAAAUGGUCUGAGUCUGUUUUUAAUCAAUAAAAGAAAGAAACGGCA